ACACAACCUUAAGUAGAUUGCCAAUGGCAGCAAUCUUCACUCUGGUUUUCAUUCUAUUCCAUUCUCUUCAUUUAGUCCUCUCUGAAGACACAACUCAUGGAGGUUUCAUCCAAUGCCUAGAAAAGUAUUCUCCUCUGCCCAUUGACCUUUCAACCCUCAUCUACUUCCCCAACACCACCUCUUAUUCUUCCCAGCUCCUCUCCUCUAUCCAAAACCUAAGGUAUGCAUCAGCCGCCACCCCAAAACCAGUCCUUAUCAUCACCCCAAACUGUGAGUUUGAAGUUCAAGCUACAGUGUACUGUUGCAAGGCAAACAACCUUCCACUUAGGAUAAGGAGUGGAGGCCAUGACUAUGAAGGUCUCUCUUAUCACUCAUUCACCAACGGUCCCUUUGUUCUUCUAGACCUUGCAAAGCUCCGGUCGGUAGACGUGGACGUGGAGGAAGGCACGGCGUGGGUUCAAGUCGGCGCCACCAUCGGUGACCUUUAUUACAGGAUUGGAGAGAAGACAUCUACUUAUGGUUUCCCGGCCGGGGUAUGCGCCACUCUCGGCACUGGCGGGCACUUCAGUGGAGGCGGCAUGGGCACCAUGGUGAGAAAGUAUGGCCUGUCGGCUGACAACAUCUUGGAUGCUAUAAUGGUUGAUGCUAAUGGCUGGCUCUUGGAUAGAGAGUCCAUGGAUGAUGAUCUCUUCUGGGCUAUAAGAGGUGGAGGUGGUGGAAACUUUGGUAUCAUCCUUGCAUGGAAAGUGAAGCUUGUUCCUGUCCCUCCUACUGUCACUGUUGUCACUAUCACUAAGAGAUCAAAAAAAGAAGCUCUGGAUCUCAUUCACAAAUGGCAAACAAUAGCUCCAAAACUCCAUGAAAAUAUAUUCAUAGAGGCAGUGAUACGUAUUGUCAAAGCUGCUGGGACUGGAGUGGAGGCUAAUUUUAACACCAUGUUUCUAGGUGAGUGUAGUGAACUGCUUCAUUUGAUGGGAGCAAGCUUUCCUGAGUUAGGGGUUAAGGCUAAGGAUUGUAAGAAGAUGAGUUGGGUUGAGUCUACACUGUAUUUUGCUGGGUUUACAAAUGGUGAACCAUUGGAGACACUGAUGGAUAGGAAGCUACAACGUAAAGCAUUUGUUAAAGCUAAGUCUGACUUUGUAAUGAAGCCUGUGAAAAGAGAGGUUUGGGAUGAUGUUUGGGAGAGGUUUUCUAAGAUGGAGCUGGCUUUCAUGUCCAUGUAUCCAUAUGGAGGGAGGAUGGCUGAGAUAGAGGAGGAUGAAAUCCCAUUUCCUCAUAGAAAAGGGAACUUGUAUAACAUACAGUAUGUUGUACCAUGGCAAGAUGGAGGGGUUGAGGCUGCUGAAAGGAAUAUGAAUUGGAUUAAGAACCUUCAUGAUAUGAUGGCUCCUCAUGUUUCUAAGAACCCAAGGACUGCUUAUGUGAACUUCAGGGAUCUGGAUUUGGGGAGGAAUGAGGAUGAAGAGACAUGUUAUUUGGAUGCUAGAGUGUGGGGGAGGAAGUACUUUAAGGGGAAUUUCUGGAGGUUGGCUAUGGUUAAGGGAGUUGUUGAUCCUGAUAACUUCUUCAGGAGUGAACAGAGCAUUCCACCUCUCGUUCAUUGGGCUUGAUCUCACACCAAACCUUUAUCUUGUUGGUAGUUUGUAUUGCCUUUAAUAUGUGGCGUUGUUGUGUGGUGUCUUUUAAUGUUCAAGUGUUCUAUUAAACUAACAAAGUUAUUGGGAUUUUAAAUGUUUACUGCUUUUGGUAUUA